AGUAAAUGUAGUUUUGUGUUUUGUUUAUUAAAUUAGUUUAUCUUUUUAUUUCUGUCUCAGAGAGCGAAUGUCAUUAAAACAUGUGGUGUAAUUCUAUAAUCAUUUUAAUCCAGAUAUUUAAAGAAAUCGGACGAUCUAGAAUAUUCGGAAACAAAUGUGGGCUCAGCUCAGGCUCAAGGUGUUCGCAAAAACAUUUCUUUAAAACUGAAAGGAAAGGGUAGAGGACGUGGACGUCGUGGAGGUAAAACAAGACGAGCUUCUACUAAAAAGGCUGUUGCGGGUACGGCAGAUGAAGAUGUUGACGAGACCACAAAUACAACAACAGAAAAAUCAACAACUGAUAAACCAUUUGGGGAUUCAAACCUUGAUGAAGUUAUCUCAAAAUUGGAAACACCGGCUUUCAGCCCAAUGGAUAGAAGUUUCCCAGAACCACUUCAUCAAAAUCAAAAAUUGCGGUGGGAUCACAAGGUCAAUCUCAUUGGAGAAAAAGUUAUUGAUCCUUUGAUCCACUGUUGUGAAAAGUGUUCUCUUCCUAUUUUAAACUAUGGACGAAUGAUUCCUUGUAAACAUGUAUGCUGUUAUGACUGUGCCAAAAAGUGUGAUAAAAUAUGCCCCAAAUGUGAUGAAAAAGUACAAAGAAUUGAACAAAGUGCCCUAGGAACUGUUUUCAUGUGUAGUUAUGGUGGAGGCAGGCAUGUUCCAGGUGCUUGUGGAAGAACUUACUUAAGUCAAAGAGAUUUGCAGGCCCAUGUCAAUCAUAGACAUCUGAAACCUAGUUCUACAUCAAGUGGGGCUAAUUCAACUGCUUCAGGGACAUCACAUACAGUUCCAGCUGCAAAUCCUAUUUCAGUGGGACCUAGUCAUGUUCCAGUUACCCGAGAUCCACGUGACCCUAGAGGACAUUUACAUGUAGAUGUAUCACAUCAACCAAUGAUUGUAGGACAUAUACAGCAUACUCAAGAUCACAGAGAUCAGGUUGAUCAUUCAAGAAAUCCUAAUAUACCUAUGGGAAGUCCUGUUAACCAGAUACGUCAAUAUCCACAUUCUCCAGCUAGUUACCAAACUUCAAUACCAGUUAGUAGUGCUCGACCAAAUUUAAUUACUGUUCCCAUCCAGGAUGAUGGAGCCGGACAUUCUGCUCCAGCACCUACAGCACAUAUUCAUCCUCAACCACAUGCUGCACAGUAUACAUGUAGUGUAACUACCAGUCACCCAUUGCCAAAUUUACAACAUCCUCCAACUAAUUAUGCAACUCAUGCCUAUCAACAUCCGCAUCCUACACCAACACCUGCAUAUUCACAGGCACCUCCCAUAAGUACUCAAACAUUUACCCAGCCUCCUCCUCCUGUUCAUCACCAACCUCCAAUUCAUCCACCUAGUGGGCCAAUUUAUUCAACCCCACCACCUCCUGUUCAUCAUCCACCACCUGCAACAUAUACUCCCCCUAGAGGUCCGCAGCAUCCACCACGGCCGUUACCACCUCAGCAUUUUCCACCACCAACAUCUGGAGGUUACGAAGAAAAUGCAAAUUACAUGCAACAGUGGAAUCCUGGUAGUGUUCCACCGCCCCCUACAAGGACAGCUCUCCCUCCAAGGCCAAUAACAGCACCACCUCCUACUGCAAAUCCAAAUGUACAACAUCUUCAACCUAGAGGACCUGCAGAUCCAGGUUAUAGGCAGCCAUAUUAUCAAUGAUAAUAAUCUGAUUUUGGAAACAUUGUUAAUAAUUAUUCUGUUGAAAUGUCAGAUGAAUAUGAUCCAAUGUACUUUUAUUAACAUUUUUGUUGGAUUAGUUGUAAACAAAGAGAAUGAGUUUCUCAUUUCUAUAUUACUUGUUGAUUUCAUUAAAAUGUCAUAGCACUGCAUACUCUGGUCUAUGCUCUAUAUAUAAACUUUAAAAAUUAAUUAUAUGCAAAAUAUAAGUUUUCCACCUUUAUAAAUAAUUCAGAUUUCAAGGAGAAAGUUGAAUUUUUCAAAUAUGAAGAAUUAGAAUGUUAUUACAAUAUUUUAAUAAAUUAUUUCAGGUAAAAAAAAUACAUUUUUACAAUAGUUUAAAUGAAAUAAUUUUGACUUAACCUAAAAGUUGUAUCAGCGAUAUGUUUUCAUGUGAAAUUUGUGCUCGUAGUGUAUAUUGUAGCUUGAGUUUACAAUUUUUUUAUACUUUUAAUAUGGCUUGACAAAUGAAGAAUUUCAUUUGGGAAUUAUGAACUAUACAAUUGUUUGCUUAAUUUUUAUUUAGAAAAAGUAAGUCGGGUCACAUUAAAAUUGAUGAAUUUUGGCAACAUGCUACUAAAUUGAAUCGUUUUUUUUUUUUUUUUUAAGAGAGUGAAAUGAACAUUAUUACAAAUACAGAUUUGGGUAAUCUGUAUGUAUAUAUAUAAGUUGCACAAUAAUAUUUUAUUUACACUGUAUAUCUAUAUAGUUGUUUAGAAAAGUUUAAUAUUGGAGUAUACUAAUUGGGAAUUCUGCAGUUGUCAAAAUGCCAGUGGCAUUAAUUAGUUUUACCAGAUAGAAUAUCUUAAGGUUCUAUGAAGAGUGCCUUUGUUAUAAAUAAUUUUCUUACUGCCUUUAUAUUUCUAAAUAUUUAUAUUUUGAAAGAGACGUUUGGUAUAUUUGUGAAUAUCUGAAUGAAUGCACAGAAUGUGAUACAACAAAAGAAUUGUAAAUAAAUGAGGUGAUAUGUAUUUUUACUGAUGCUUUUAAUAUUAGUAUGAUAAAAUUUGUUUCGAAAAGUUCCAUUGUAAGAUUCUUUCUACAAAACAGUUUAUUAAAUUAUGUAAACUUGCUUCAAGGCAAAAUGAGUUUUAGUCCAACACAUAAUGUGUUCGUUUUAGAAUAAAAAUAAUUCUGUAGAUAUCAAACUGUUAUAAAAUUAUCAUUUCAACCUGAAGACAAGGAGUCAGGAGAGAAGGAUCUAGUUAUUGGUAACAAUAGAAACGUACCUUCUCUCAUACUUUGAAGACCAACAGUUGUAGUCCUUGGAAUAAAAAGUAUCUUCUUUAAAUAAUUGCCCAGAUUAAUCAGUAAAUUGU